AUGAGCAGUUAUAACAAAGCUUACCAGCAAAUUAACAUGCUUCAACAGACUACAGAAGAAAACUGGUCUUCCCGUCAUAUUCAAGCUUCAUCUGCUAAUUCAAGAAAACUGCUAAUUGAAACUAAAAACCAAGAAGUAGAAAAGUUGGUUUCAGUAAACGGAAUUAGAAAGAAAAAAAAAGAUAAGAUUGGUACUUAUCAUAAAGAUCGGUCUUUCCAUCACUGCUGCUGCUUCAAGGCUGAUUCAAGAAAG